GGAGCACCAAGAUGGCGGCGGCGGCGCCCUGAGCCCCAGAGCGCGGGAGCGUCGCCGCCGGGGCAGCACCAUGGAGGCCUCGUGCGGCGGCGGCGGUGGCGGCGGUGGUGGCGGCGGUUUGGUCCACGUUGACUUCCCGGAGAUCACCAGCGCCUUGUUGGCCAACCUCAACCAACAACGGGUGGAGGGGAAGCUCUGUGACAUCUCCAUCCACGUCCAAGGACGGGUUUUCCGCGCUCACCGCGCCGUUUUGGCGGCUUCCUCACCGUACUUCCACGACCAGGUCUUGUUGAAGAACAUGACCUCCAUCGUCUUACCCAACGUGAUGGAUCCAGGCGCCUUCGAAACCGUCUUGGGUUCCGCCUACACCGGUCAUCUCACCAUGGCGCCUGAGGAGAUCGUUAACUUCUUGACGGUCGGCAGCGUCCUCCAGAUGUGGCACAUCGUUGACAAGUGCACCGAGCUCCUCAAAGAAGGUCGGGCCACCUCGGCGCCAUCCGGACCUUCCUCUUCCUCCUCUUCUUCUUCUUCUUCCUCCUCGUCCUUGCGCGCCCAUUCCAGUCGUACCAGCGACAACCAGUCUCCCAGCAGCAGCAACUACUUCAGCCCCCGUGACGCUACCGAGGGGACUGACCCCCCCAAAUAUCCACCCCGGGGGGUCCCCGAGGAGGUGGGGAAGGGAGGAACCGGUGACCUGCUGGAGGCGGAGGAAGGCAGCGAGGACGGCGAAGGCGGUCGACGUCCCCUCUACGUCCAACCGAGCAUCGUCCCUCAAAAACAAUGGGUCUACGUCAAACAGGAAUGGUUGCAGGAAGAUCUGGUCCUCACCUGCGAGGAAGACGAAGAUCCGGUGGAAGGACCGGCCCGAGGGACCGAAGGACCUUCUCGUGUCGCCGUCUCCCGUCCCGCCGCCCCCAAGCUGGAGGAACAAGUGAACUUCUGCGAAUCCUCCGAGGAUUUCCCAUCGCCCUACGAAACCUUGGAAGAUACCGGAGGUCCCGGUUCCUUCCCGCCCCGUUCCCUCCUUCCCAUGGACAUGCAAGGCAACCAAAUCUUGGUCUUCCCACCUCAAACUCCUGUAGAACACGGCGCCGUUCAACUCACCACGUCGUCGGCCGACGGCAACAAAAUUUUUAUGUGUCAUUGCGGCAAAGCUUUCUCCCACAAGAGCAUGAGGGACCGUCACGUCAACAUGCACCUCAACCUCCGUCCCUUCGACUGUCCCGUCUGCAACAAGAAGUUCAAGAUGAAGCACCACCUCACCGAACACAUGAAGACCCACACCGGCCUCAAGCCCUACCAAUGCGACGUCUGCGCCAAAAAAUUCAUGUGGCGCGACAGCUUCAUGCGUCACAAAGGUCAUUGCGAACGACGACAUCGUUUGGCCGGGGUGUUGCCGGUCCCACCCGUUCUUACCGGGGUGGCCAAGAAGGAGCAAGGGUUGGGGGGAGGAGAAGGGGAUUGGGGGAGGGAAGGUCCCGGUGGAGGGUCACCUCGGGGGGAGGUGGGGUUCGGCGGGGGGAAGAUGUGA